CAGGUGUUUGCGCUUCAGUCUCCAGCCUGCCUUGACUGUGACCAGAGCCAGCCAGAGCCCUUGAAGGCCCACUGGCCCAUCGCCGCACCCGGCCCGGCGCCACAAUGGCCUGCCGCUCCUGCGUUGUUGGCUUCAGCAGCCUUAGCAGCUGUGAGGGGACCUCAGCAGGCAGCCCCAGGCCUGCGACCUCGGGAUGGGGCUGCUGUGGGGCCCCCGGGCCAGGCUUCAGCUCCCGCAGCCUCACAGACUGCUGGCCAGCUGGGACCAUCCCCAAGGUGACCAUGAACCCCAGCCUGCUGGUGCCCCUGGACCUCAAGGUGGACCCAUCCAUCCAGCAGCAGAAGAACCAGGAGAGAGAGGAGAUGAAGGUCCUCAAUGAUAAAUUUGCCUCCCUGAUUGGCAAGGUUCAAGCCCUGGAGCAGCGCAACCAGAUGCUGGAGACCCGCUGGCACUUACUGCAGAGCCAGGACUCAGCCCCUUUCGACCUUGGGCACCUCUAUGAGGAGUACCAGUGCCGGCUGCAGGAGGAACUGAGAAAAGUGAGUCAGCAGCGAGAACAACUGGAGGCCAACCUGCUGAAGAUGCUUGAAAAGGUUGAGGAGUUUCGAGUCAGGUACGAGGAAGAGACCUCGAAGCGCACAGACCUGGAGUUCUCCCUCACAGAGCUGAAGAAGGACCUGGAUGUGGAGUGUCUUCGACGAACUGAACUGGAGUCCAAGUUAAAAGGCCUGCAGAGCUUCGUGGAGCUGAUGAAAACCAUCUACGAGCAGGAGCUGAAGGACCUGGCAGCCCAGGUGAAGGAUGUGUCGGUGACCGUGGGCAUGGACAGCCGCUGCCGCAUCGACCUGCGGGGCAUCGUGGAGGAGGUGAAGAUCCAGUAUGACGCCAUCGCGGCCCGCAGCCUGGAGGAGGCAGAAGCAUACUCCCGGAGCCAGCUGGAGGAGCGGGCCGCCUGCUCAGCCAAGUUUGGGAACAGCCUCCAGAUCAGCCGCAGCGAGAUCGCUGACCUCAACGUGCGCAUCCAGAAGCUCCGAUCCCAGAUCCUCUCCAUCAAGAGCCACUGUCUGAAACUGGAGGAGAACAUCAAGGCAGCCGAGGAGCAGGGUGAACUGGCCUUCCAGGAUGCCAAGACCAAGCUGGCCCAGCUGGAAGAAGCCCUGCAGCAGGCCAAGAAGGACAUGGCACAGCAGCUACGAGAGUACCAGGAGCUCAUGAAUGUCAAGCUGGCCCUGGACAUCGAGAUCGCCACCUACUGCAAGCUGGUGGAGGGCGAGGAGUGCCGGAUGGACUUACCUUCAGCUGCCGUGGUCAGUGUGGUGCAGUCCAGAUCCGGAACAGCUGCCUCCAAGCCCCACCUCUCGAGAGCCCCCUCCCAGAAAAAGAACCGGAAAGGCCACGUGAUCAAAAUCACUGAAACGUCAGAGAAGUUCUUCUCACAGGAGUCAGAGGCCUCGGAGUAAGGCUGCUGGACCCCAGGAGCCCCUGCUCACUCCUCUAGAGCAAGAAGGACUUAAGCUAGACUUAAGCAAACAGCUUGGAGCCUCUGGGUCAGGAGGGGAGGCAACCCUGAUCUUGAACUGAGAGGAGGAGAUCGCUGACAGUGACUGCUUUUCUGUGGGUUGCCGGGGUGGGGCAGGCCUGCCACCAGCUGUUCAAAAUCACUGACUCCAUAUCAGUAUCACAGUCCCACCCUUCCAACCUUCUGGCCAGAGGUCUUCCUGACCGGACAGACUGGGAUUGGAAGGCAAUUCUGUCCCCACCCUCCUCACUCCUCUGAGGCUCCUCCCCCAACAGAGGGGAGGAGCAGGGUCGCUUUGACCCUUUUGCCCAACCUUGCCCUAAACUCGCAUCUCAAGCCUUGCCUUGCCUCUGCCUCGGAACCCAGGCUGGUGCCCUGGCUCACCCAGCCCAGCCAGGCCUGCACCAAGGGCUGAGGAAGGCUGCUUGGGCACCCCCCCAGAUCUGGAGUCCCUGGGGAGGCUGAGUGCUGUGUACACCUGGGCUUCUGGUACCACCUGGGCUCCCCAGAGACCUAGCAGUAUUAGGGAAAGAGGGCAGGAGGCUCCCUGUGUCUUUGGCACCUGAGCCUGCACCUCUGAGACCUGCCCAGACACCCAUGCCUCUUCCCUUCUCCUGUGGGUCCCUUCCAGCAGGUCACAGUCAGAACUGGACAGGCUGCCCUGCCAGCUCCCAGCUCCUUCUGCAGACAUCUUGCCAUGAUGAACUCCCAGGGUGAGCUGGGUGGCAGCCUGAGGCCAGGCAGGAGCAUCAGACCCUCCCUUCUCCUCUCUACCAUCCUGGCGUUCACACCCUGCCUGGGAUCUGAUCUCUGCCCUCUCCCAGGUGUUUCCCAGCUGAAACUGGCUUUGUUGUACCAGGCCCUGGAGAUCCCUAGCCCCAACCCACCCUGAAACCCCAGGCCCAUUUCCCGUGACUCCACUUCUCAGGGUCUCUGUUCUCUACAUCAAGCAUGGAGGGCCACACAUCCUAGCUGUCCCCUCCUCUGCAUCCACCAAGAAGCCCAGGAAUGCCCCACGUGCGUGGAGUGAGAGCUCCUUCUUCUCUUCCCCCUCUGCCCCUCCUCCCUCUAUGCCCACUCCCCUGCCUCCAGCGGGGCCAUGAAGAAGGCACAGUCCCAGCAGUCUGGGAGCUUCUGAGCCCUUGAGGUCGGGCUGGGGAGCCGCAGUGGCCGCCAAAGAGAAAUUCCACAUCUGACAGAUUUGGGGUUGGGAGGAACACUCCUUUCCUCCUCUUGGCUCCCACCUUUGGGGCUCACAGGGGGUACCCUGGCAGCUCCAGCUUCCCACUCCACAAACCACCUUCUCUUCUCACUCUCUUCUCCCUACCUGCCCCUUGCCUCACCUCCUCUUCUAGCCCCAGUCUUUGAUUCAUUCAUCUCACCUUCCAGGACAGGGCGGCCCAAGGCCUCGACCCGUCCUAGGCUUCAAGGUCCUCCAGGCUUGUGGGGGGCCCUGAAGGGCUACUGACUCAGGCUGAAGGGAACUCGGACAUAUACUCAUCUCUGAAGUCCCACAAGGGUGCUGACUGCUGCUCUUUCUCCGCCUAUUUAUUGGUUUCCAAGGGAGCAAAUCCUCAAUGGGGAUACAAGAUAUAUAAAAUAUAGAUAUUAUUUUUUCAUAACUUAUGUGGCUUUUAACUUAUUGCUUCCCUUACUGCUUCUGCAUAACCAGUGCUAUAUAUUAUACUCUCUGGAUAGAUAUCACAUAUUCUAGCCACCCACCUGACUGGCUAUCUUGGGGCAAUGCGCCCUUCUCCCUGCCAAGGGAUGAAUAAAGUGCUGAGAUUUGUCCAUGGACAAA